UUUGCUUGCCAACAUUUAUCUCUAUCUCUUUGGUUUCAAGUUUUUCUCCAUUCAUCAAAUUCCAAAUUCUUCUGCAAAAUGUCGACCGAUUCAAAACAAUCACUCAAACUGCUUGCCAGUGGCCGUUUAUCCACCUUCACAGCCCACCUUCUUCCUUCCUCCGGCUACAAAGAACCCAACGAUCACCUCCUCCCUCCGCCGGCGAAGACCAACGGCACCUUAACCGUCGUCGAUGAGAGAACCGGCAAGAGGUACCAAAUUGAGGUUUCGAGAGAAGGCACUGUCAAAGCCACUGACCUCAAGAAGGUAGUUAAGUUAUAUGAUCCUGGCUAUUUAAACACAGCUCCUGUGCGAUCAACCAUUAGUUAUAUUGAUGGUGAUGAGGGGAUUCUUAGAUAUAGAGGGUACCCAAUUGGGGAAUUGGCUGAGAAAAGCACUUUUAUGGAAGUUUCCUAUCUCAUAAUGUAUGGAAGUUUGCCUUCUGAAAGUCAGUUAGCUGAAUGGAGUUUUGUUAUAUCUCAGCAUUCAGCUGUUCCAGAAGGAGUUUUGGAUAUCAUACAAUUAUUGCCUCAUGAGCAUCCUAUGGGCGUGCUUGUGAAUACAAUAAGUGCUCUUUCUGUUUUUCAUCCCGACGCAAACCCUGCUCUCAAAAUAAAAAAAGCUUCCAUCAACUUACUCAGCUUUGAACUGUUUCUGCAUCAUGCUAAUAUAUUGGAGGGUCUUGAUAUCUACAAUUCAAAGGAAGUGAGAGACAAACAAAUAGCACGGAUUAUCGGAAAAAUUACAACAAUUGUUGCUGCAGUUUAUCUUAGAAUGGCAGGAAGGCCACCUGUGCUUCCAUCCAAGCAACGUUUCUACACUGAAAACUUCCUAUACAUGCUUGAUCCUUUAGGCAACCGUUCGUAUAAACCCAAUCCUCGGCUAACUCGUGCACUCGACAUUAUCUUCAUCCUGCACGCAGAACAUGAAAUGAAUUGCUCUACAUCUGCUGUCCGGCACCUUGCAUCAAGCAGUGUUGAUGUAUAUACUGCUAUUGCUGGAGCUGUUGGAGCUUUAUAUGGACCUCUUCAUGGUGGAGCUAAUCAGAGAGUCAUUGUAUGCUCCUGAUACAAAGAUUAUGAGACCUCAACAGGUUAUUUCCUUUCUUUAAAUCAUUUCUUUGGUUAAAAACAUCAUAAUCAUAGUAGGCUUUAUUGAGUCAAAUGAAUGUACGUUUUGUGCACCAAUUUUGCUUGUUGUAGCAUAGCUGCAUUGUACAUUUCUUAACACUAGUACUUAGAAAUAUUUUCUUAAUGCAUCAAAACAAUGAGGUAACCCUCUAUUUUCUAUUUCUGGUUUAUAUUGGAGAAUGGUUGCGGCAUCUCAAAUGACCAUAUCAAAUGAUGCCAAAGCAAAGGACGGUAUCAAGUGAUGCAGACAAGCUUGGUCAAGUGACCAUAUCAAAUGCCUCAAAGAGGCGACUUGCUGGAUCUAGGAUAAAGUCUAUAUGGAUUCAAAGUGGAUGCAAAAAGAUUGGAAGAUAUAUUAUUAUUCUUUAGAACGUACAAGAAGAAAAUAUUUAUUUUUUUCAUUGUUUUUUAUUAUCUAAAGUUAAUUUUUCAAUAAUCAGGAUGAUGCAAGGGCGCAUCCGUGCAUGUUUCCGCAUAAAUAAUGCAACUUUUGUUCGAAGCCCUUCAAUAAACUAAUGGACGAAUGGUGGUGUUGGGAUUUUUCA